GGCCCUGCCUGCGCCAUGGGCCUAUAAAAGGGAGGAUCGGAGUCGGAGCAGGGCAAGAUUGCAUCUCCAUCCUGAUCGAUCGUUUGAUUAUUGGCGAGCUUCAUUCCAUUCCAUCAGUUCCUUUGGCGGAGGAUGUCGUGCUGCGGAGGCAACUGCGGGUGCGGCUCCGGCUGCAAGUGCGGCAGCGGCUGCGGAGGGUGCAAGAUGUACCCGGACAUGGCUGAGCAGCAGGUGACCACCACCGCCAAGACUCUCGUCAUGGGUGUCGCACCAUCGUCCAAGGGGCACGCCGAGGGCGGGUUCGAGGCGGCGGCCGGCGCCGGAGCUGAGAACGACGGGUGCAAGUGCGGCCCCAACUGCAGCUGCAACCCCUGCACCUGCAAGUGAGCUGUAUAAUAACCCCCUGCACUGCACUGCAGCCCGGAGGAAGGACGGAUUCCCUUAGCUGUAGUAUAGCAGUGUCGUCACUGUGUGUGUGUUUGAGUCAGCCAGUCAGUCGAGUGCCAUGGCACCAUAUGCUAGUGGUUCUGGUACUGAUGGGAACCAAUAAUAAUUGUACUGGGAUGUUGGCGUCGUGUCGUCCUUCCCGUGCUCCUCCGGGGGCUCAUCUACUAGCAGUCGGUGUUGUGUUGUGUGUUUGUGGGUGCAGUGCAGCACAGCAGCAGGCCAUGCCCCCUGCUCUGUGGGCACGUCGAUCGUGUGCGACUUUGUUUGUGCUCUGUCACCAUCCAUCUAUUACCUAUAAUAUCCCCCGUCUUUGUGUACUGUGCGUA